CGCACAAUGAGACAGCGCUGAGCGCCGGAAGUGGGGCCGAAGGAAAACACGGAGAGGGAGCCCGGCCGGGACAGGAAGAGGCGGGGGACCACGGCGGAGGUGGUGCAGAGUAAGAAAAUUGAAGUCAAAGACCAUGGGAGAUGCAGCAAAACCGUAUUUUGUGAAACGUGCUAAGGACCGAGGGACAAUAGAUGAUGAGGAUUUCAGAAGGGGUCACCCCCAGCAAGAUUAUUUGAUAAUGGAUGAUUAUGCUAAAGGCCAUGGCAGUAAAAUGGAAAAAGGCCCCAAAAAAAAAAUAACACCAGGGAACUAUGGGAGUACCCCCAGAAAAGGACCAUAUGCUGUUUCCAGCAAUCCCUAUGCAUUUAAAAACCCAAUUUACAGUCAGCCUGCUUGGAUAAAUGACAACCACAAAGAUCAGAGUAAGAGGUGGCUCUCUGAUGAACUUGCUGGUAAUUCAGACAGUCGGAGGGAAUAUAAACCUGGACCUAGAAUUCCUGUUAUAAACCGACCAAGAAAAGACUCCUUUCAAGAAAGUGAGGAUGGAUAUAGGUGGCAAGACACAAGAGGAUUCAGAACUGUAAGACGACUACUUCAUAAAGACUUGACAAGCCUAGAAACCAUGUCAGAAAUGGAAGCGGGAAGCCCUGAAAACAAGAAGCAGAGGUCCAGACCUCGGAAGCCACGUAGGACUAGAAAUGAGGAAAAUGAGCAGGACGGAGACUUGGAAGGCCCCGUGAUUGACGAGUCUGUGCUUUCAACGAAGGAGCUCCUGGGCUUACAGCAGGCAGAGGAGCGAUUAAAAAGAGACUUCAUUGACAGACUAAAAAGGCGACCAAGAAACUACCCUACAGCUAAGUACACCUGCAAACUUUGUGAUGUUUUAAUUGAAUCCAUUGCAUUUGCCCAUAAGCACAUCAAAGAGAAGAGGCACAAGAAAAACAUUAAGGAGAAACAAGAGGAAGAGUUGCUCACUACGUUACCCCCGCCUACACCCUCCCAGAUAAAUGCAAUUGGUAUUGCCAUUGACAAAGUGGUACAGGAGUUUGGCUUACACAAUGAGAACUUGGAACAGAGACUAGAAAUUAAACGUAUCAUGGGAAAUGUGUUCCAACACAAGUUACCAGAUUGUUCUCUGAGAUUAUAUGGGUCAUCCUGUAGCAGAUUGGGUUUCAAAAAUUCAGAUGUAAAUAUCGACAUUCAAUUUCCAGCCAUUAUGUCUCAGCCAGAUGUUCUCUUACUUGUUCAAGAAUGUUUAAAGAACAGUGACUCUUUUAUUGAUGUUGAUGCAGACUUCCACGCUAGGGUGCCAGUGGUGGUGUGCAGAGAAAAGCAAAGUGGUCUUCUUUGUAAAGUGAGUGCAGGAAAUGAAAACGCUUGUUUGACAACAAACCAUUUAACUGCCCUUGGAAAACUUGAAUCGAAGCUGGUUCCUUUGGUGAUUGCUUUUCGGCACUGGGCAAAGCUUUGCAGUAUAGAUCGCCCUGAAGAAGGAGGCUUGCCACCUUAUGUGUUUGCCCUGAUGGCCAUUUUCUUUCUUCAACAGAGGAAAGAACCUCUUCUGCCUGUUUAUCUAGGAUCAUGGAUUGAAGGAUUCUCAUUAAACAAACUAGGGAACUUCAACCUUAAAGAUGUUCAAAAUGACGCCGUGUUCUGGGAAUACACUGAGAGUGCCGCCGGCGAUGCAGACACAGCAAAAGAAGGGGCCCCAAAAGAAAUGCCUGUUAAAAGGGGACAGGUAUCAUUAAUAUUUGAUUUCAAGCCCCUGCCGUCAGUACCAGUUGGGCAGCUCUGGGUGGAAAUGCUUCGAUUCUAUGCUUUAGAAUUCAAUUUGGCUGACUUAGUGAUCAGUAUUCGUGUUAAAGAAUCUGUAUCUCGGGAGUCAAAGGAUUGGCCCAAAAAGCGCAUUGCCAUUGAAGAUCCCUACUCUGUUAAAAGAAAUGUGGCAAGGACUCUAAAUAAUCAACCAGUGUUUGAAUAUAUACUUCAUUGUUUAAGGACAACGUAUAAGUAUUUUGCCCUUCCACACAAAAUUACAAAAUCCAGCCUUCCAAAGCCUCUGAGUACUGUCACAUGUCUUUCUGAACAUUCUAAAGAAGUAGCCGAGCAUGACCCGGGUACACAAGCAAAAGAGGAUAAACUGAAAAACUCAGUUUUGGCUCAAGAGCCAGGUGCUGCCAUUUCAACUACAGACACCUGCACGGUGCAGCCACUGACUCUUGUUAAAGAGACCGCUGAAAGCUUUGGAAGCCCCCCAUCGGAGGAACUGGGAAAUGGGCAUGUCAGUGUCCGCCUGGAAAACCGAGACAGUAUCAAGGCAGGGGCCAGUUGUGAUGAGCAUGGGGAUAUUAAAGGACACCAUCAAGAAACAGGAAGUGAACCUGGGAGAGAGGGCAGGCAUCCUUUGAUUGCCGAUGAUCAAGGUCUAAGGAGUAGCAGACGUGGAGAGUUUGUCACCUGUGGUGGCGCGCAGAAUAAUGAGACAGAGAGCACUUUGCGUUUAGAAGGCUUCCAAAAUCCCGCAGCCAAAGCGUGUGAUGGAUUCACUACUUCGGAAGACAAGGCUGAUGUUGAUGAAGAAGGCAUAGAAGGUACCGAUGAUCUUGAAGAUGCUCUAAGCCACUUCGCCCCCUCAAGACAGGGCCAUACAUCAGGAAUCAUUCAUUCCGAUGAAGAGGAGGAGGAAGAAGAGGAAGAGGAUGACGAUGAAGAGCCCAGGCUGUCCAUUACCCAAAGGGAAGAUGAGGAUGACUUGGCUAAUGAAGAUGAGUUAGAAAAUACAUACACGGGAUCAGGGGACGAGGAUGCCCUGUCUGAGGAGGAGGAUGAAUUAGGGGAGUCUGCUAAGUGUAAAGACUCGAAAGAAGGUGGAAAACUUGCGGCUGGGGCUCUACUAACGGAAUUCAAUAAGAUCUGUCUUAAAGAAGAAAAUACAUGUGAGGAAGAUUCAACUGUGUCUGAUUUCUUCUAUGAAUUUAGUAAACUCACCUUCACUAAAGGCAAGUCUCCUAUGGUCGUGUGCAGCUUAUGCAAACGAGAAGGUCAUCUCAAGAAGGACUGUCCCGAAGACUUCAAAAGAAUUCAGCUGGAACCUUUGCCACCACUGACACCCAAAUUUUCAAAUAUCUUAGAUCAAGUUUGCAUCCAAUGUUAUAAGGAUUUUUCUCCAACUAUUUUAGAAGAUCAAGCUCGUGAACAUAUUCGGCAAAACCUAGAAAGUUUCAUAAGACAGGAGUUUCCAGGAACUAAACUGAGCUUGUUUGGCUCCUCCAAAAAUGGAUUUGGGUUCAAACAGAGUGACCUUGACGUCUGUAUGACGAUUAAUGGACUUGAAACUGCAGAGGGGUUGGACUGUGUAAGAACUAUUGAAGAACUGGCAAGAGUCCUCAAAAAGCAUUCAGGUCUGAGAAACAUCUUGCCUAUUACAACAGCAAAGGUGCCAAUUGUAAAGUUCUUCCAUUUGAGAAGUGGUCUGGAAGUGGACAUUAGUUUGUAUAACACACUGGCCCUUCAUAACACAAGGCUCUUAUCUGCUUAUUCAGCCAUUGAUCCCAGAGUUAAAUAUUUAUGCUACACCAUGAAAGUCUUUACAAAGAUGUGUGAUAUUGGCGACGCAUCUAGAGGCAGCUUAUCGUCAUAUGCAUACACGCUUAUGGUGCUAUAUUUCCUCCAGCAGAGGAAUCCGCCAGUCAUUCCUGUCCUUCAAGAGAUAUACAAAGGUGAAAAGAAACCUGAAAUAUUUGUUGAUGGCUGGAAUAUUUAUUUUUUUGAUCAAAUAGAUGAACUGCCCACCUAUUGGCCAGAAUAUGGGAAAAAUACAGAAUCUGUUGGGCAACUAUGGUUGGGACUUCUUCGAUUCUACACAGAGGAAUUUGAUUUUAAAGAACAUGUUAUUAGCAUCAGGAGAAAAAGUCUGCUUACAACUUUUAAGAAACAGUGGACCUCAAAAUACAUUGUUAUUGAAGAUCCCUUUGAUUUGAAUCAUAAUCUUGGAGCUGGAUUAUCAAGGAAAAUGACAAAUUUUAUCAUGAAAGCAUUCAUUAAUGGUAGAAGAGUAUUUGGUAUUCCAGUCAAAGGAUUUCCAAAGGACUGCCCCUCAAAAAUGGAGUACUUUUUUGAUCCAGAAGUGCUAACUGAAGGAGAGCUGGCCCCAAAUGAUAGAUGUUGCCGAAUUUGUGGGAAAAUUGGACACUUCAUGAAGGACUGUCCAAUGAGGAGAAAAGUGAGACGACGGCGUGAUCAGGAAGAUACCCUGAACCAAAGAUACCCUGAGAACAAAGAGAAGAGAAGCAAAGAGGACAAAGAAAUUCAGAACAAGUACACAGAGAGGGAGGUGUCGACAAAAGAAGAUAAGCCCAUGCAGUGCACACCUCAGAAAGCCAAGCCGGUGAGGGCGGCUGUCGACCUGGGCAGAGAGAAAAUACUCAAGCCUCCAGUGGAAAAAUGGAAGAGACAGGAUGACAAAGACUUAAGAGAAAAACGUUGUUUUAUUUGUGGAAGAGAAGGGCACAUUAAAAAGGAAUGCCCACAAUUUAAAGGCUCUCCAGGUAGCCUUUCCAGUAAAUAUAUGACUCAGGGAAAAGCCUCAGCGAAGAGGACCCAGCAGGAAUCAUGAGGGAAGGAAAAAAUGCAGCACUCUAAAUGGCCACUCAGGCGUUCCCAUUCACUUUGAAAUUAGGUUCAUUUCACAGGACAUAGCAGCAUAGAUCAGGCUUCAACUUAACAUUUAAGGGAAAUGUCAGAUUUUUUUUAACUUAAUGAAAUUGUUAAUGAGGAAAAAAAAUUUAGUACAGUCCCACGUACCACGAAUCCCCAUAGAUGUAAGGAUUUUAAGAGAAAGCCAUGAUGUAUGUAUUUAAACCAGGUUUUUUUUUUUGUUUUGUUUUGUUUUUUUAGGCCAGGUUUUUAAAAAAAAAAAAAAAAAAAGUAUAACUGUGGGCCAGUAUUCAGUGAAUACAAUUUCAUGGUUUUUAAUUCUUUCAAAGCACACUGAAAGUGGUGUGCUGAUACACCCAGAGUAAAUUAACCCUUUUUUUCACCUACAAAUCCCUUUUUUGUUUUGAAGAAGGGAAAUUAUAUUUAUUGUUUACUGAAUCCUUGUGUGAAAGCAUAUCAAAUAUGUGUGAACUGCUACUACUGUAUUUACAAUUUACAAACCAUAUUUUAUUGAUAUUUGUAGAAAUGACAACAUGAACAUGAGCACCUAUUCAUGCGAGCCUUCCGUGGGUCAAGCAGCACCACCGAGGGGCUCUGGGGUUUUUUCCCUAAUUUUAAGUAAGUUGACAUAGAAUUACUGUGCUCAUAAAAAAAAAAAAAAAAAAUGAAAUAAGGAAAAGAAGGAGUCCUGUUUGCUGCUAAAAUACAUUUUCAAAGGAAAAAUGACAAAACAGAAAAGCUUUUUACUUUUUAUGAUACUCGGAAAUUAGGGUGGAGAACUUUUAAAAAUCCCUGAGGAUUAAAGAGGCCAUCUCUGCCAAUCACAAGUUUGGUUGGUGUCAUUCUGGGUCUGACUGGAGCCCCCCCGGAACUGUUUCUCUAACUCCACAAACCCUCCAGAAGUAGAAUGUGGUCAGAACAAUGCCUCGGUUUAUUUAUCAUUUUGAAAUAAAACCAGAAUUUCAACCUGUAA